AUGUGCGGCCCCUCCCGCCCAAGCUCUGGCUCUCUCAUUGCUGUUAUCUUCCCUUCAUCAUCAUCAGCCUCAAGUUCAUCAUCACCGCCCUCUUCGUCUUCAUCAUCAUCCUCAAAUGACUCCACAUCACCAACAACAAACCCAUCAUACUACCUCUUCUUCAAAAACACCACACACCCAGCGUCAGAUACCCAAACAGGGAAAGAAUCGAGAAUAACAACAAAAGCCCUCUUCCGCAUCCCCGAUCCUCUCACUCGCAGAUCAUUCCAGGAGAGUGCGGCGGUGUAUAUGCGGAUUGAGAAGUACGGAGAUCUCACGGUGGAGAAUACAUCUCCCCCGUUACAUUAUUUCCGGUUACCGAUGAUGAAGAUGCAAGGUGGUGGUGGGGGUGAGGAAUUUGAGGUUACCUUGCCGGAGAGGUUGGAGUUGGGGGUCUCUGGGAGGGGGAUUGUGGGGAGAGAUAUGGAAUAG